GGGCAAAAAGUUGUUCCUUUCUUCUUUUGCUCUUCACAACCCCAACAAGACUUUGCUAUUGUUGCCAUAGCUAUUAAAUCAGACCCUGGAAACAAAAAAAAAAAGAAGGUGAAAAAUCCAUUUAUCCCAAAAGCAGCCAACACACACUCUCUCUCUCUCUCUGCCAUGGAUUUGCAGCUGAAACAAUGGAGAAACCAGCAGCAGCAGACAGAGUCAGAAGAACAACCUUCUGCAGCUAAGAUACCAAAACAUGUCUUCGAUCAGAUUCAAUCCCACACUGCAGCUUCUUCUGCUCUGCCUCUCUUUGCCCCUGAGCCUACCUCUUCUAAACUCUCCUCUUUGUCUCCUGAUUCCUCUUCCAGGUUCCCCAAGAUGGGGAGCUUCUUUAGCUGGGCACAGUGGCAAGAGCUUGAACUACAGGCGCUGAUCUACAGGUACAUGUUGGCUGGAGCUGCUGUUCCUCAAGAGCUCCUUUUACCCAUCAAGAAAAGUCUUCUACAUCUAUCUCCUUCCUACUUUCUUCAUCACCCUUUUCAACACCUCCCUCAUUAUCAGCCUGCUUGGUAUUUGGGGAGGGCGGCGAUGGAUCCUGAGCCAGGGAGGUGCAGGAGAACGGACGGGAAGAAGUGGAGAUGUUCAAGGGACGUCUUCACCGGCCACAAGUAUUGCGAGCGCCACAUGCACCGUGGCCGCAACCGUUCAAGAAAGCCUGUGGAAACUCCCACCGUCACUGCCACCACCACCACCACUUCCAUGGCUGCUACCGCCUCAGCCGCAGCCGCACCACCCACGGCAACGUCGUCUUCUUUUUCUUUUGGUGGCGGUGAGGAAGUGGGGCAAGGCGGUUCUUCUUGUUUCUUCUUCUCUGGCUCUUCCAAUUCUUCGUCUGAACUUCUCCACCUUAGUCAAAGUUGUUCCGAGAUGAAGCAAGAAAGCAACAACAAGAGGCCGUACGAGUCCCAUAAUGGAUUCGGCAACAACAGAUCAGACGGAGGCCACAUCCUGAGGCACUUCUUUGACGACUGGCCUCGCUCUGAAGCCGGCAAUAGUUCAAGCCCCAUGAGCUCAGCCACUUGUCUCUCCAUCUCCAUGCCUGGAAACUCUUCCUCAGACGUCUCUCUGAAGCUGUCCACCGGCAACGAAGUGGAAGCUAGGAGCAACAACAAUGGGAGGGACCAGCAAAACAUGAGCUGGUGGAGCGGUGGAGGCACCCACCACAACCACCACCACAUGGGCGGACCGUUGGCGGAAGCGCUGAGAUCUUCCUCCUCGUCUUCUCCUACCAGUGUUCUUCAUCAGCUCGGUGUCUCUACACAAGCCUUUCAU